GGCUCGGCUCAGCAGCACUGGUUAUUGUGGAUAUGCGCGAGCGCAGCAGGACGCUGAUGCGUUCAACAAAAAAUACAGAAAACACCUCGGUUUCUUCUUCAUCGUCACCUUUACCAUCAUCAUCAUCAUCAUCAUCAUCAUCAUUAGUGCAGCGAUGAUUUAGAAAUAAUAGUUGUUUUUUUUUUAGCAAGAUCAUUAAUAUCUUGUGUUCUGCUGCUGUAAGGGAGGUCGAGACGCACGAGAUAACGGAUUUCCGCCUCCUGAAUCGGACGGAUCGGACAGAUUGGACACGCCUGAUCGGACCUGCGGAUUAAGAUAUAACUGUGAUUAAGAGAUGGCGUGGCCGUGUAUCACCCGCGCGUGCUGCAUGGCCCGGUUCUGGUCCCAGCUGGACAAGGCCGACAUCUCGGUGCCGCUGGUCUUUACGAGCUACUCGGAAGCGUGCGACUCGCUCCAGCCGCGCGCACAGCCUGUGGUCGCCGUUAAAGCGCAGCCUAGCGGUGACGGGAGCGCGCAGGAGGUCUCCCCCAAAGGCCCCGGCGCGCCCGCGACGGCCGCGUCCAGCGAGAGCGCGCACGGCUCUGUGAUGCGCCAGGACUUCAAAGCGUGGAAAGUGCGCCGCGAGCCGAGCUGCAAGCCCAAGCGCGAGUACCACGAACCGGAAGUACCACUGGCCACCGAGACGCAGUACCAGAAGGACUUUAAACCGUGGCCGCUACCGCGCAGGGACCACCCGUGGAUCCCCAAAGCCAGCCGCACGGAGCAGGACGGGGGCGUGGAGAAGGGCCAGAUCGCAGACAGGGUUCAGGAGAAGGAGAUCCUGAAGAUGAGUCAGGCCAAGAAGAUGGAGGACCACACUGACAAGGGCCCAGAGCCCAAGAGCGACACGCAGCAGCUCGAAGGACGAGCCGCCGCAGACGCGCUCAACCGGCAGAUCAAAGACGAGGUCGGCACCGGAAGUUCCUACAGGACGGAGUUUAAAGCGUACACGGACGUGAAACCAACCAAACUCAUCCGCGCCAGAUCUCAGUACCAGCCCCCGGACGAGAAGAGGGACCUGGAGACGAGCUACAGCGCCACCUACAGGGGAGAGCAGGGCAAGCUGCAGGCAGAUAACAAGGCAGGGGAGAGGAGGAGAGUGCGAACGCUCUACAGCGAACCCUGCUUCGAGCCACAUAAAGGGGAUAGACCGGGUGUCCUGCACUCCAAGUCGAAAAAGACGGCGUCCUCCUCGUCCUCUCAGGGUAAAGCGGUGAAGAAGUCAAAGGAGAAGCAGGGGGCAUCGGGGUUGGGGUCAGGGCGUGGCUCCAAGAAGAAGAGCUCCGAGAACCAGCGGCCGAGCGGCAAGGAGAAAAGUAAAGAGAUGAACAACAAACUGGCUGAGGCGAAAGAGCUGGUGUUGAAACAGCAGCACUACAUUCAGCUCUGUCAGCCAAUCCGAGAUAUCGGGUGGGUGCAGACGCUAAAGCAACACCUGUGGCGCUGCGCUCUACCUGACCCCAGUGAAUUAGAAUCUCCGUUUGGACGAGUCAGUGAUUUUUAUUCUUCUGGGACGUCUGGAGCAGAACAGGAGCCACAGGAAACUCGGAGCAAAGCUGUAGUUCGCUUCGCCCCUGACGUUAAAUACUGACAGACAGACAAACAGACAGACAAACAGAAACAUGUAAUACCCACUAUUUAGCAAUGUUUUAAAUUUAUGGCAAUAUAUCUAUACUUUUUAUUUAAAAAAGCUCUCUGAUUUAUUUUGAUGAUCAAUAUUUACACACACACACACACACACACACACACACACACACACACACACACACACACACCCUUCACUUGCUUCUCGUCGACACACUUUUCUCCCACUGGACGUUAUCCCUCAGCUGAUUAGGAUGUGUAAGAGGAGUGAGAUGUAUACAGAGAGAAACUGAAGCACAUGUUAUGAAUAUUACUGUACUGUAUGUAUAUAAUCUGUAAUAAACCUGAUUCUGAUGUAGUAUAUUAUAAUUCUCACUCCACAGCUUCCAUGUAAAACACUUUCCUUCCAGCGCAGACUGUUCUCGCAAUGGUGCUAAGAGUUUUCAGUCCACCGCGUCCAUGCUCGAGUGUAGUAUCACAGAGAGAGAGAGAGAGAGAGAGAGAGAGAGAGAGAGAGAGAUGCCAUGAACACCAUGAAGUGCUUCCUUACUGUACAUCAUCACUGUAUUAAAAUUCAUCCUGUGAAUAAAGGCAGUGAAAUGA